AUGUUUAGUCGAUUUAUUUGGUUUACUCUGCUUUUCUAUAGUCAAACUACGGUUGAAAUGGCUCUUGUUAAGUACGAUUUUAUCAUUCGUACUAUUCCUUCAAAUCCUGAUGGUUAUCCACGUCCUGUUGUCAUUAUGCAUCAUGCUAAUUCUUCAUGGGAUAUUGAUCGACCUUUUCCAGGUCCACUCAUUCGAGCAAAACUUGGUGAUCGAAUACAAAUUCGAAUUACAAAUAUGUUACGUGAUCAAUCAACUUCUCUCCAUUUUCAUGGAUUUCAUAUGUUCAAAAACCCAUGGGCAGAUGGUGUUGAACAUAUUACACAAUGUCCUGUCAAUCCUUAUACAUCAUUCAUACAGGAAUUCAAUGUAACACAAUCGGGUACAUUUUGGUAUCAUUCACAUAGUGCUCAACAGUAUGCCGAUGGAUUGGUAGGACCAAUUAUUAUUGAUAAUGAUCCAAUUGAAAAACGAUAUUCUUAUGGAUCAAGUGAUCAUGUUAUUAUGUUUCAAGAGUGGUAUCAUGAAACUUGGUCAGAUUUAAUGACUGCCUAUCAAGGUCCUUUCGGUGCUUAUCAAGGCAAUAUUCCAAUUUAUCCAUGGCCACCUACAACUUUUCUUAUCAACGGACAUGGUCGAUUUGAUUGUCGUACAACAAAUUGUACAGAUCCUGGUACCUGGAUUGAUGUAUGUGGUCGACGACAACUCGCUCAAUGUAUUCCACUUCGUGAACCUUUUCUCGGUUUAUGCAAGCGUGAAGCACAUCCUAUCGAUGAAUUUCAAUGUUCAUUCGGUAAACAGAUGCGUUUAAGAUUGAUCAAUGCAGCCAGUGGUAUUCCAUUUCGUUUUUGGAUUGAACAACAUAAUCUAACUAUUGUUGCACGUGAUAGUAUUGAAGUUGUACCAAUUACCGUGUCUCACAUUAAUAUUCCUAUAGGACAACGAAUCGAUGUGAUUAUACAAUGUAAUCAAAAUUCAAAUCGAAACUAUACAAUGUUUGCUGCGAGUCGAAAUAGUUUUCAACCGUCUCAUAUCAUUACUGGACCGACACCAACAAUGUGGACAACGGCAAUUUUAACAUAUGAUAAUUCUAGCACGAUUAUGAAUGGUACUAGUCAAAUUUUUAAUGAAUCAAAAUCAAAUCCAGAUAGCUCAUUUUUUGAAUAUGAAUAUUUGAAGCCACUUGCUUCUCGUCGUGCUUUACCUGCUGUUCGACGAGUAACAUUAACAUCUGUUGUUCUUUGGAAUAAUCGAACAGGUAUUGAUGCUCUUGAAGAAUGGGCCAUCAAUGGUAUUACUUUCAAACCACCAAAGGAACCAUUAUUGUUAGCUAAUUAUUUUGAUGGAACAUUAGACAAUGCCAUUGCCGAACAACGAUCAGGUCGUGUUGGUAAUAUUCAUGCUACACAUGUAGUCAAUUUCGAAUACGGAUAUACUUAUGAAAUCUUGAUGAUCAAUGAUGAUCCACAACAACAUCCAUGGCAUAUUCAUGGGUAUACUGUUGACUUUAUUGCUGCAGGAAGAUUGCCUACUAUAGAGCCAGUUACAUGCAAUUCGACAGCAAGACGAAUAGAAAAUUUCGAUUAUAAUACUAUUCUUCCACCACUCAAUUCAACACCUCCUGUUCUUACUGUAGGUGAUUCAUUCAAUAUGCCUCGUGACAGUUAUGUAGCAUUUCGUUUUACGGCAAAUAAUCCAGGUCCAUGGUAUCUUCAUUGUCAUAUGGAGUGGCAUAUUUCGCCUGGUUUAUCAGUAGUUCUUUCAGUUGGAAAAAAUGGACAAUACAGAGAUUUGAUAGAUCCUCCAUACGACAACUUUAAUAUGUGCGGAACAAGUCAACAAUGGGCUAUGAGACAGAUUUUGCCAAAAAACUUCAACAAUCAAACUUACCUUUGA